AUUGUUGUGGUCAUAUGACUCGAAGAGCGGUCACCUGAUCGGCAAUUUUAACACAUGAUGCAUGCAGAGGCAGAGCGGCAGUUGUGCGCUGAUGCAGUCAAUUCAAGCCGGAAGAUUUGUGAUAAUUCAUGCACAUCGUAACAAUCAAUCAGUUUCAUCUUGUCCUGUAACGUUUCGAUAGUAUCCAUCGAUUGUAUUCUCUGAUAACCCGUCAAAAUGAAUCUACUUUUACCUAGGCCUAGCAUGGUCGUCAUCAUAGUUUUGCUGAUUCAAUUAGUGAAUGCUGCCCCAUCUAAUAAUUGUAUCGGUGAUUGCAAGCAUGGUUACAAGGAACCGAAGCAGGACUGGGGUUACGUUAGUGUCCGACCCAAUGCAAACAUGUUCUGGUGGCUCUACUAUUCAACCCAACAACCUUUCAACUCUGACACACCAUUGGUUCUCUGGCUACAGGGUGGCCCUGGAGGAUCGUCUACAGGAUUUGGUAAUUUCCAGGAGAUAGGACCCCUUGAUGUCAACCAGAAUCCUAGAAACACUACCUGGGUUUCUGUCGCUAAUGUACUUUUCAUCGACAAUCCGGUUGGAACCGGUUAUAGUUAUGUCACAGACUCCUCAGCUUAUACAACUAACGUCAGCCAGAUUGCUGAUGAUCUGGUCACCUGCAUCACAGCUUUCUUCAACAAACUCCCUCAAUUUCAGACAACCCCUUUCUAUAUAUUUUCUGAGUCCUAUGGUGGGAAGAUGACGGCCGCCUUCAGUCAAAAGCUUCUUCAGGCCAUUGAUGCAGGCAAAGUCAAAGUUGAUUUCAAAGGUUUCGCAAUGGGAGAUUCCUGGAUCUCGCCUGUAGACUAUGUGAUGACUUGGGGACCAUACCUGAGGGCUACUUCUUUGUUAGAUACUGUUGGCUUUGGAGCUGUUCAGAACGUAGCUGAGAAAACCAAAGAAGCUUUUGACCAAGGCAACUACAGUCAAGCCACUAACCUCUGGGGUGAAGCAGAAUCAGUCAUCGAAGAGUACUCCGAUGAUGUGAAUUUCUAUAACAUCUUGGAACACAAUGUUCCCGACCAAGCUGCAAAGGGUGGCUCUCCCAUCGAGCGAUUGAGACGUCGUCACUUGGAUGUGUAUGCAAACGAUGCCUUGAGCGAGCUCAUGAAUGGACCAAUCAAGAAGAAGCUUGGUAUUCCUGAUAACGUUGUUUGGGGAGGUCAGUCAGGAGAGGUAUUCACCCAACAGAGUGAGGAUUUCAUGAAACCUGUCAUCAAUAUCGUUGAUGACCUCAUCACAAACUCUAGUCUACGUGUGAUUGUCUACAACGGGCAGUUAGACCUCAUCUGUGACACACCGGGCACCGAGUUGUGGGUUCAGAAAUUAACCUGGCCAGGACUCGCCGCUUUCAACACGACAAGAUGGACGCCGGAGUAUGUCCCGUCUAAAGAAGGAGACACGGCGUAUUUCUUCAAGAGUCACGAGAAUUUCGCUUUCUUCUGGAUAAUGAAGGCUGGCCACAUGGUUCCAGCUGAUGCAGGCGAAGCAGCCCUCAUGAUGUUAAAGGCUGUCAUCACGGAGUAAAGUCUUGAAAUCAGCUCCUAGGAUAUUCCGUUACCAUCAUUGGAAAGUAAGAUUUUGGUUUGUCUGCUGAUUAUUACCGUAACUUUACCAUCCAAUGGUAAUCUCCAUGGAAUCCUUGAUUUUGAUUGGCUGUUUUUAUAGGUAAAGUUACGAUAAUUACCGUAGUAACUUAACCUAUAAGAACAGCCAAUCAAAAUCAAGGAUUCCAUAUAAAAAUAGCUUUUAUGCGAUAUGCCUAGGUAUGGAUUAAUUACAAGGAUUUCUUUGGGAGAAAAGGUGCCAUAUAUGAUAUACAUGUUUAUUAGUCCUGUAAGUGUAUACACUUUACUGUCAUAACAUUGACUGGAUGACAAUCUGUGCAUGAUUUUGUGUCUUCUGUCUGUAGUGAUGAGUGACAAUUUUCUAUGAAGUAAAAGUAAUCUAUUAUGCAAUAUGUAUAUUUUUUUCAUGAAUACAUCAUUGUAAGAUUGUGACUGCACAUAUUUUUUGUAUCACCUGCGUUAACAGUACUAACCAAAAUCAUUUUCUAGUUUUGGAAGUUUGGGAGGGAAAACGAGAUAACAAGCAACGGACAGGUUUGAGUGAUUUCCUUGUCUCAAAAUGAUGUCUUUCUCCAUGUUACCUCAUGUGAAGUACUGGAGUUUUCUUGCUUGAAAGAUGCUAUUAUGGAAACUUAGCUAUCCAAUGGUAAACUUCCAUGGAAUCCUUGAUUUUGAUUGGUUGCUGAACAUUGCUACCAUGGUAAAUAUGGAAGGGGGUGAGGUGCAAAAAGCUCCUGUGAUAGUUGGUUUUUGGGAUUAUUUGUAAAUGAUACAGCAUAAACUUUUUUAAAAAGAUGCUUCAGCUGAAAUACAAUAGCCUUGUUGGUUAUCUCUGUAGUAAUCAGUCUUUGUGAAUCUUUAUAUUUUGGUUUAUAUACUUUUACAAUUAUUUUUUUUGUUGGCUUCUGCUUAGCAUUCAACCUACAUUGCUCUACUAAAAUACACCCUCUGUUGUUUAAAUAAUGUCAGUUAGAAGUAGAUACUUAGAUGUAGCGAUCUGAGCCCUAUAUCAUUAAACUUGUUAUAAAUAGCAGAGGCUACUCUUGUCAUACGAUAGUUUUUUUUUAAAUUAAUGAAUAAAAUUAUUAUUUAUCAAUCAAGCAACAAAUGAGCUAAAAAGAAAUUGGUGAUUUGUGUCUGACCCCUCAAGGUUUGCAAUCAUGACGACAGUAGGCUAUAAGUUGCAAAGGUAAAAAAAAAAUGGAUCCUUAAUAAAGCUUGACAUUCCUUUCAAGCUUACAUGAAUGCUUAAUCCGUUGACUACUGAAUUCAUCCAUCUCUCAGACGUUUUGUAGAUGGCCCAAACAGUUCCAGUAGUCAAUGGGUAAGGUUAAUACUAGCUUUGAAGGGAAAAUCACUUGUUUAAUCUUAAUAUUGUGAAGCAUGAAAUGCUUAUAAAUAAAAAAUUUUUGCUGUUUUUCCUCUUGAAGAAUUAUUACAUACAGUACACUGACAGUAUCAAGGGCCCAAUGGCUCAGAUUUUUGCAAACCUCCACAGAGUUACUCAAGUAAACUUAAAGGAGAAUGAAACCCUUGAAACCAGCUGAAUCCAUAUCAAAGAGAAAAAUCAAAGAAACAUAUUGUUGAAAGUUUGAGGAAGAUUGAAUGAAUAAUAAGAAAGUUAUGAGCAUUUGAAUAUUGAGAUCACUGAUGCCAUGUAGAUCCUCCCAUUGGCAAUGCGACCAAGAUCUGUGAUGUCACACACGUACAACUCCCUCAUUACUUUAGUACUUAUUUCACUUAUAUUCUCACUUUUAUAGAGUCUAUCACAAGGUGAGGUGUUCUCUUUAUGAGAGGACAAGUACAGAGGUUUCACAACAUUAUAUCAUUGAUGAAUUGUUUGUCAUAUGAUUAUAAUGAGCAAAAAGAUAUGUUUUGGGGUAUAUUUUCAGUGUCCAAAAGGGGAGAGUUGUUCAUCUGUGACAUCAUAGAUCUUGGUCACAUUGCCAAUUGGAGGAUCUCCAUAGCAUUAGUGAUCUCAACAUUCAAAUGCUCAUAACUCUUCUAUUGCUAGUCCUAUUUUACUCAAACUUUUGUUGAUCUUAUUCUUUGAUUUUUCUGCUUUCACAAAAGCUAACUUGCUCCAAGAGUUUCAUUCUCCUUUAAGGAAAGUGUGCCCUGAGUAUAUAUGUUUUUUGUGUAAAUGAUGCCACCACAAGUAUUUCACGUCAUGACUUUGUUCAUCGUUUUAUUGUGUUUUUUAUUGUGCCAACAUAAAGCAAAGUUUUUAACUUUCUUAUUUAGAGCAUCUUGCUUCAAAUAUUUGAUCUUUUUCAGUUUAUAUUGCUUCUGUACAUUGUCUGCUAAAGAGAGGUGUUUGCAUUUACUGUAUUGUACAAUACUGUACUUAACCCUUUUGGAAGAUCAGUACUGAGAACUUAGAUGUUGUAUGUUUCAAAGAAGAAUUAUUCACUUGUAUUUUGAAUGUGAUAUGUACACGUAUGGAGAUUGAUUCAUGCUAUACUUAUUUUUAUAUUCAAAUGAAAUGUAAAUUGAAACAGCUGUGUGAAUUUGUCAAUAAACAAUGUUGGAAACCUAUUUUUAAUGCUUAAAAAAAGUCACAUAGGCUAUAUGUCUUAUAAUUAUGAAUAAAAAACAAUGAAUGUAGAUAAAUGUUUGGGAAUACAUGUAUAUGUAUAUUGUAACUUGAAUAUGUUCAAUCAGGAUGUUUUUAUUUUUGUAACACUCCUUAUUGUGUGGAAAAAAAGUUAUCUAAUGUAUGCAAUUCAAUUAUUUUUCAAAAAUAAAGAUCUGGUCAAAACUGAGAA